UGUAGGUCAAGGCUGAUCUGCACCCUUGAAUUAGUACCCAGACUCAGAAAUGCACUUUUAUUUCUUUACAACAAGCAAAACAAACACAGGAUCAAAUAAAAGGUUUAAACAAAACACUAAAAACUAAAGUACUAAUCAAAAGCUUCAGCUAUCGCAGUGCAUGGUACCCCUCUUCACUCUCUUUCUCUGGUCACUCUCUGUUCAGGCUUGGCACGCGCUCUCACUGAACCCUCUCCUUGCAUGUGCUGCCCACAAACAAACAUUUCAUUUUCCUUUUAUAUGGUGUGGCAAGGGGUUCAUUGGUAAUCCAUAAUUCAAUCCACACCUGGCCACAUUCUACACUUUCCAAUAACCUAAUUUAACAUUUAAACAAUUAAACGGUAACACACUUCCCCCAAACCAAUUUACAGUGAGUGGCUGUGCAAAGGUGUCCAUCUUGGCCCCAGGCUGCUCCUCUAUUCCUGAGCCAUGAUGGGCUGCCAGCCACAAAACACACACACUGAGAAAGAAGGAUAGUUUAACAAAAUGUGAGGCUUCCAAAUGGAUGGUGAUUCAUGUAUGUUUGGUGGUAUGUGUUACACACACACACACAUGUGCAACACAUACCGGCCAUCCCAAAGCCAACCCCCCCCCCCCCCCCCCCCCCUUUAAAAACCAAACCCUUUCCCACAAGUUCCCCAUUGUCCACCUGUAGACCUUGCAGGUGGGUUGGAGGGCAAGUCGGUCCACAUUCCGGCCCGGGACCAAGAACUGGUGACAGGGGACCCGGGUGACAUGGAUGGGGCAUCAGAAGCACAGAACCGUGACCGGACGGGUGCAGCAGCAGGUGAGAGCCCCGGCGACUGUGCGGUGACGGCUGGUUCACCAGGGGGAGCGGAACGGGAGACCAGGCGAACGACCGUGCCUGGUGGUGCAGCGACCUGGGAACUAGGCCCAGCGAAAAGCGGUCAAGACACGAAGGUUGGAUGUCUGGGAGAAAGGAUUGAGGGAACUGGCCCAAAGGCACCUGACUGUUGCACAGGGGUGGUGGUCAGGACUGUGAUGGAGGCGGUUUCCUCGUAUCCUCCUUUGAUUCUGGAACUGGAGACAGCAGCGGCUCCUCCUCUGGCUCUAGAGAUGGCAACAGCUCCUUCCCCAUUAGCUCUGGACACAGCAGCGGCUCCUCUCCCUUUGGCUCUGGAGACAGCAACAGUUCCUUCCCCAUUGGCUCUCGGGCCGACAGCGGCUCCUCCCCCUCUGGCUCUUGAGAGGGCAGUGGCUCCUCCCCCUCUGGCUCUUGAGAGGGCAGCGGCUCCUCCCCCUCUGGCUCUUGAGAGGGCAGCGGCUCCUCCCCCUCUGGCUCUUGAGAGGGCAGCGGCUCCUCCCCCUCUGGCUCUGGACACAGCAGCGGCUCUUCUCCCUUUGGCUCUGGAGACAGCAACAGUUUCUCCCCCAUUGGCUCUCAGGCCAACAGCGGCUCCUCCCCCUUUGGCGCCAGAGAUGGCAGCGGCUCCUCUCCCUUUGGCGCCAGAGAUGGCAGCGGCUCCUCCACCUCUGGCUCUGGAGAUGGCAGUGGCUCCUUCCUCUGUGGCUCUGGAGACAGCAGUGGCUCCUCCGCUUUUGGCUCUGGAGACAGCAACAACUCUAUCACCAUUGGUUCUAGGGCCGACAGACUCUCCUCUCCCUUUGGCUCUGGAGACAGCAACAACUCUAUCACCAUUGGUUCUAGGGCCGACAGACUCUCCUCUCCCUUUGGCUCUGGAGACAGCAACAACUCUAUCACCAUUGGUUUUAGGGCCGACAGACUCUCCUCUCCCUUUGGCUCUGGAGGCAGCAGCAGCUCCUCCCCCAUUGGCUCUCGUUCUGACAGCAGCUCCUCACCCUUUGGCUCUGGAAAUGGUAGCGGCUCCUUCACCUCUGGCUCUGGAGACAGCAGCGGCUCCUCCUCCUCUGGCUCUAGAGAUGGCAGCGGCUCCUCCCCCUCUGGCUCUGGAGACGGUAGCUGCUACUCCACCUGUGGCUCUGGAGACAGCAGCAGCUCCCCCAUUGGCUCUCGGGCCAACAGCGGCUCCUCCACCUGUGGCUCUGGAGAUGGUAGCGGCUCCUCCCCCUCUGGCUCUGGAGAUGGCAGUGGCUCCUUCCUCUGUGGCUCUGGAGACAGCAGUGGCUCCUCCGCUUUUGGCUCUGGAGACAGCAACAACUCUAUCCCCAUUGGUUCUAGGGCCGACAGACUCUCCUCUCUCUCUGGCUCUGGAGGCAGCAGCAGCUCCUCCCCCAUUGGCUCUCGGGCCGACAGCGGCUCCUCACCCUUUGGCUCUGGAGAUGGUAGCGGCUCCUCCCCCUCUGGCUCUGGAAAUGGUAGCGGCUCCUCCACCUCUGGCUCUGGAGAUGGUAGCGGCUCCUCCCCCUCUGGCUCUGGAAAUGGUAGCGGCUCCUCCACCUCUGGCUCUGGAGAUGGUAGCUGCUACUCCACCUGUGGCUCUGGAGACAGCAGCAGCUCCUCCCCCAUUGGCUCUCGGGCCAACAGCGGCUCCUCCACCUGUGGCUCUGGAGAUGGUAGCGGCUCCUCCACCUCUGGCUCUGGAGAUGGCAGUGGCUCCUUCCUCUGUGGCUCUGGAGACAGCAGUGGCUCCUCCGCUUUUGGCUCUGGAGACAGCAACAACUCUAUCCCCAUUGGUUCUAGGGCCGACAGACUCUCCUCUCUCUCUGGCUCUGGAGGCAGCAGCAGCUCCUCCCCCAUUGGCUCUCGGGCCGACAGCGGCUCCUCACCCUUUGGCUCUGGAGAUGGUAGCGGCUCCUCCCCCUCUGGCUCUGGAAAUGGUAGCGGCUCCUCCACCUCUGGCUCUGGAGAUGGUAGCGGCUACUCCACCUGUGGCUCUGGAGACAGCAGCAGCUCCUCCCCCUCUGGCUCUGGAGAUGGCAGAGGUUCCUCCCCCUUUGGCACUCAGGACGGCAGCAGCAACUCUGGCCCCGGCAGCAGCAACUCUGGCCCCGGCAGCAGCAACUCUGUCCCCGGCAGCACCUUGCGGCUCGCUGCUUGAUGUAACAGACCUCAGUGGCACCCUCUCUCUGCAAGUACCCCCUUGUUGUUCCGAUCCACCGACACCUGCUCCUCUUCUCCAGGAUGCGUCGGCCGAAUGCGAGGAAUGAGGGUUACCUGCUUCUCUGCACGGCCGGAUGGGCGUUCAGCUCUGGGGCCUGCCGCUCACUAACUGAGCUCUCCUGAAUGAAGUAUUCUACUGACUGAACAAACCCCACCGCACCCCAAAACUGGCAUCUAAGCCUACGACAACAUGCUGUCACAGAAAAAGAAAGAUGGAAGGAAAGAAAAAAAGAAACUUGCAGACACGCACAGCUUGGAAGCAGAGGAGAGGACUGUGGCUUUCCCGGGUGCUGAUCAAAAAAGUAACAAGAGACGUCAAAUUUAAGAACAGCACAGUCCCAAGGUGCUGAUCUCAGAGCAUGCCAAAGAUUGGAUUCUUGGUACAAAGACUGCCGUUUUGUUCUGGAAAAUUAAGCUAGGGACAUUUUCUUCCAAAAUUUGCAGCGCCAUUGGAACAGAUGGUUUCUGCUGCUACUAGGGAAAUGUUUCUGAAAAAGAUUGUACGGGUAUUUCGCAACUCUAUUAGUCCCGUUGGCAUUUGUCAGUCUCUGCUUGAGAAAGGCACAGGACUGAAUGGGGGUGUUCAGGUCAGGACUGUCUCACUGUAGCCAGAUCCAUAGUCCCUGUUAUUAGCACUACAUUAUAGGAAUUCUGAGUGGUUCUGUGUAGUGUUACCCCAACACUGAGUUAUUGUUCUCUACAUAUGUCUAGAUAUGAAUCAAUCAAUCAAUCUUUAUUUUAUAUAGCGCCUUACAAGAUAGUGAGGAACAAUGCAUCAUACAGUGAAAUACAGGGCAUAGUACAUUAAAUACAAACAGUAAAAAACAAUGCAAAUACAUUAACUACAAGCAUACUACAUUAAAUACAGGGCGAGGAUGUGAAUUCUAAACAUUGUGGAUGCGUGUGUCAUACAGAAUCAUACGAAUAAGAUGGAGUGAAAAACCUGAAAUCGCAUUUUAGACAACAGCUAUCAGGGUCCUGAGAAUUGAUUUGAAGCGAGCGACUGAGGUCUGGAGAUAUGUUUGGAGACUUCCUUAUUCUAUUUAAACCAUGUGACAGUGUGACAUUCCAACCCUGCUGGUCAAACCUACUCUAUAUAUAAAUAUAAGGCCAGCCAAUCUGAAAGGCGCAUGGUUUGAAUGGAAUAAAGACAUCUGUUUAGUCCAAGACUAUUAGAAAUUCCCAGACAAGAGCGUAGACAGGUAAAGACAGAUAGAGAAAAAUCACAGUAUCUCAAUAUUGAAUCAACAGACCCAGACCCAUCCGAUAUGAUCAUAAACUGUAGCGUAUAAAUCCAUGGAGGUUAUGACGAGGAUGUGUAACACACUGUUGAGAGCGAUUUCUGGUCAUCGCAGUACCAAAGAAGGGCAACCAGACUUAAAGGAAUGAGCAGUGAAGAUAGGGUGAAAGAACCAAAUCCAUUCAAAAUUGGGGGACAUGAUUGAAAUCUUUGAAAUCUUAAAAGAAGCUGACAUAGUUAACCUGAAACAAUACGUUAAACGCAGCACAGAAACCUGGACCAGAGGACACAGCUGGAAAUGAAGUGGAGACAGACAGGAGGAAGGAGAGUCUUCUUCACACACAGAGUAGUGAGAAAUCACUUAGAUCAUUUAAGACCCGACUUGACAAUGUGUUGAGAUCAAUGAGUGAUUGAGAAGUGAGUCUAUGCAACUCCUACAUGCUUCCCCACUUCACUUCCCCACAAUCAGCCUUGACAAAGCUUUUCAGAAGCAACUUUUGCUGGAAUAGUUAGUAAGCAUGGCAAAUAAUGACAGAAGCAGAAAAAACAAUAGAUCAUUUCACAGAAAACACACACAUGAUAUUAAAUGGGUAAGAACAUCAGUAGGACCAUGUAGAUUGUGUAAAGUAUUCCUUCACUUAGAAAUGGAAACACGGCUGGCCAAUGAGACCCUUGCUGACUACUUAAACUUCAGUUUGGUUUUUGUUAUUUGUAUUAUUCGUUUGUUAAAUCCCAAUAUUGUGUAUAAAUUGCUAAUUAUUAUGUAACUGAAUAACUGAGACAUCUGGCUAAAAGAGCCAUACUGAUAACCAGAGAGUUCUAUAGAGCCAUACGGAAUACCAGAGUGUUCUAUAGAGCCAUACGGAAUACCAGAGUGUUCUAUAGAGCCAUACGGAAUACCAGUGUUCUAUAGAGCCAUACGGAAUACCAGAGAGUUCUGUAGAGCCAUACGGAAUACCAGAGAGUUCUAUAGAGCCAUACGGAAUACCAGUGUUCUAUAGAGCCAUACGGAAUACCAGAGAGUUCUGUAGAGCCAUACGGAAUACCAGAGAGUUCUAUAGAGCCAUACGGAAUACCAGUGUUCUAUAGAGCCAUACGGAAUACCAGAGAGUUCUAUAGAGCCAUACCAAAUACCAGAGAGUUCUACAGAGCCAUACCGAUAACCAGAGAGUUCUACAGAGCCAUGCCGAUAACAGAGAGUUCAAUAGAGCCAUGCCGAUAACCAGAGAGUUCAAUAGAGCCAUGACGAUAACCAGAGAGUUCUAUAGAGCCAUGCCGAUAACCAGAGAGUUCAAUAGAGCCAUGCCGAUAACCAGAGAGUUCUAUAGAGCCAUACCGAUAACCAGAGAGUUCAACAGAGCCAUACCGAUAACCAGAGAGUUCAAUAGAGCCAUACAAAUAAAUAUGUAUAAUGAAAAAGAAAAUUAAUUCAUAAACUGAUAACUCACUAAUUUAAUAAUUAGCUACAACAUUUUGGCUCCCACCUUCUUCAUGAUAGUUCACUUUUUUUUUAAAAGCUGACUAAACACAUUAAAGUGAUUGUGGCUAGCAAAACAGUUACAUUGUUAGGUUAAAUGUGCCGUUUUGAAAAGACACAUGUUUUAAAAUGAAUGUUUGCUAAAGCAUGAUAUCUGUUACUACACUCGGUUCAAGAAUUCUGGAGGGUGAAAUUGCCCCACCCCUUCACUGGCUUCUUCCUGUCAAUAACCAAUCGGCUGCUUCCCCCAUUGACUGACAUGCUUUCAGCCAGUCACAUGCUUUGACGCAGAAGACACUGGGGUGAAAUGGCCAAGGAAGUAAAGCAGUAACAGACUUCCUGUAAGUUUAAUAACCAAUGAAAAAGCAUGCUUGCUAUAGUGCUGUGUGUUUCUGUAACACUUGAGUCCUGUGUACAGUAAUUAACAAAAGUGCAACAUUAUUUUGUUCUCUACAGAUACUUUAAGACACCAUUUAGUGUUCUGCUUAUUAAACAAGUUGAUUUUUUUAAACCCAA